AUCCCAACGUAUUUCAUUUUCCAUCUUCUUCUUUCUCAUUCAUCUUCUAACCACCCAACCAACCAACCAAAUCAAACCAAUAAUCAUAAUAUAAAAUAGAAUUAGGGUUUUUACAAAAUAUCUACCUCAAAUUUUAAAUUAAAUUAUGCGUGAUUCAAAUUUGGAUCUAUUCGAUCCAAGGACAGCAGUGAUGGACUCAUCUGACUAUACAAUUGAAACUGCCGCCGGCCGUGGUGACGGCGAUUUCGGCUUCGCUUUCAAUGAUAGCAACUUCUCCGAUCGUAUUUUGAGAAUUGAGAUCAUUUCUGAAUCCACGGAAGCUAGACCUGAUGGUGAAGGAUGUACUAGUCUUGCUGAUUGGGCUCGAAAUCGGAAGCGCCGGAGAGAAGAUAUUAAGAGAGAUAACGUAUUCACAGCAGUAGACAUGGCUGCAGUGGGUCCAGAAGAACAAAUUCUGAAUCAGCCUGAUAAUCUUCCUGAUGAUGCCGAUACUGAAAAUCAGGAUGAGGAAACGGCAGCAAUGAUCGAAGAACCGCAAUCAGGAGAUGAAGGUGCAAAUGAUAAUGAUUCAAACUGGAGCAUGGAGUGUUCCACAGUUUUGAGAGUAAAAACUUUGCAUAUUAGCUCUCCAAUUUUGGCAGCAAAAAGUCCAUUUUUUUACAAGCUCUUCUCCAAUGGGAUGAGGGAGUCAGAACAACGACAUGUAACUUUGCGAAUCAGUGCAUCUGAGGAAGGUGCCCUUAUGGAACUUCUCAACUUCAUGUACAGCAAUAACUUAACAGUGACCACAGCUCCUGCGCUGCUGGACGUGUUGAUGGCUGCUGAUAAAUUUGAGGUGGCUUCAUGCAUGAGAUAUUGCAGCCGUUCAUUAAGAAAUCUGCCAAUGACACCUGAAUCUGCAUUACUCUAUUUGGAUCUUCCGUCCAGUGUUCUAAUGGCUGAAGCUGUUCAACCACUGACUGAUGCAGCAAAACAAUUCCUUGCUGUUCGCUACAAAGACAUAACCAAGUUUCAGGAAGAGGUUCUUAACUUGCCUCUGGCUGGAGUUGAAGCAAUUUUGGCGAGUGAUGAUCUCCAGGUGGCAUCAGAAGAUGCAGUUUACGACUUCGUCCUUAAAUGGUCCAGGAUCCAGUACCCUAAAAUAGAGGAGCGCCGGGAAAUCCUAGCCACCCGCCUCGCUCAGUUUAUCCGCUUCCCCUACAUGACCUGCAGAAAGCUCAGAAAAGUUAUGGCCUGCAAUGACUUUGAUCACGACUUUGCCCAAAAAGUCGUGGUUGAAGCACUCUUCUUCAAAGCGGAAGCCCCACACAGACAACGCACCCUUGUGGCAGACGAAAACCCGAAUCCAAACCGUAGGUUUGUCGAACGAGCUUACAAGUAUCGGCCUGUUAAAGUAGUAGAAUUCGAAUUGCCACGCCAGCAGUGUGUGGUAUACCUAGAUCUGAAACGCGAAGAGUGUGCAAAUUUGUUCCCAUCAGGCCGAGUUUACUCCCAAGCUUUCCACUUGGGUGGUCAAGGGUUUUUCUUGUCGGCUCAUUGUAACAUGGAUCAGCAAAGCUCAUUUCAUUGUUUUGGGCUCUUUUUGGGGAUGCAGGAGAAAGGAUCGGUCACAUUUGCAGUUGACUACGAGUUUGCGGCCCGCUCAAAGCCUACUGAAGAGUAUAUUAGCAAGUACAAAGGGAACUAUACUUUCACUGGUGGAAAGGCAGUUGGGUACCGAAACUUGUUUGCUAUUCCAUGGACUUCGUUUAUGGCUGAUGACAGUCUUUAUUUCAUCAAUGGCUUUCUUCAUCUGCGUGCUGAGCUUACCAUCAGGCAUUGAAGUUGUGAAACUGGUUAGAUAUACUUCUGUCCUCAAAUGUUUUUCCGAGAUAAUCUAUCGAUCUUUUGAAUCAAAACUUAAAAGAUGAGAGCAAAUGUAAAUUGUUCUGAAUUUGUAAUCGUGUUACAUCUCUUGUCCAAAUGCAUAUUUAAUCUGGUUUUUUACA